AUGGAUGUUGUAGUCUGGGCGGUGUUGACCAUCUGGGCUUUGCUGUGCCUUUCGGGCGUGUCCCGGGGGGCUGAGAAGCCCCCGUCCCUCAGCGUGGCCGUCAUCUUGGGUCAGACACGGGACGUGGCGGAGUCGGACCUGCGUCCGGCGAGAGGGGUGGGCGCGCCCUUGGACGUCAGCGUGUUCAGUGUACAAGUGAAUCAGACAGACCCCAAAAGCAUGCUCACCCACCUGUGUGAGCUCAUGUCCCGGCACAGGCUCCACGGCCUGGUCUACGGAGACGGCACCGACCAAGAGGCUGUGGCCCAAAUGCUUGACUUCAUUUCCUCUCAGACCUCAAUGCCCAUAUUAGGAAUCCAUGGGGGGUCAGCCAUGACCAUGGCAGAGAAGGAUGCCAAGUCUUCGUUUUUCCAGUUCGGGGCCUCCCUCCAGCAGGAGGCCCUGUUGAUGCUUGCCAUAAUGGAAGAGUACGAUUGGCACGUCUUUUCCAUAGUAACCAGCAAGUUCCCUGGUUACCAGGAGUUUAUCUCCACACUCCGAGUGACAGUGGACCACAGCUUUGUGCGGUGGGACCUGCAGAGCGUGGUCACUCUAGACGGCGUAGACCCCGACGCCAAAGCGCACGUGCAGCUCAAACGCAUCCAGUCGCCCGUCAUCCUGCUCUACUGCUCCAAAGACGAGGCCGAGUUCAUUCUGGAUGAGGCCCGUUCCCUGGGCUUGACCGGUGCCGGAUACGUCUGGAUCGUUCCCAGCCUAACCACAGGGAAUCCGGAGCAGACUCCCGAGGUUUUCCCGGCGGGAAUGAUUUCCAUUUCCUAUGACGAAUGGGAUUACCCGCUGGAAAGACGCGUCCGAGAUGCAAUUGGAAUCAUGAGCUCUGCCGCCGCUGCCAUGUUCCGAGAAGAAGGCCAGAUUCCUGAGGGAACAGCCAGCUGCUACGGCCAAUCGGAAAAGCCCAAGGUUCCACCAAGCGCUCUGCGGAGAUAUAUGAUGGGCGUGUCUUUGGAGGGCAGAGACCUGUCAUUUAUGGAUGACGGUUAUCAGGUCAACCCAAACCUAGUGGUCAUCGUGCUUAACACUGAGAGGGAAUGGGAGAAGAUGGGCCGUUGGGAGAACCACUCAUUGAUGUUGAAAUUCCCAGUGUGGCCACGCUAUAACUCAUUUGGGGACACGGAGGCGGACGAGAAUCACCUGAGUAUCGUCACGUUGGAGGAAAGACCUUUUGUCAUCGUGGAUGAUGUCGACAUCCUCACAGGAACCUGCAUGAGAAACUCUGUCCCCUGCAGGAAACAUAUCAAAGACAACACAACUGGAGGUUCGUAUAUAAAACAGUGCUGCAAGGGGUUCUGCAUUGACAUCCUGAAGAAGAUAGCCAGGAACGUGAAGUUCACCUACGACCUCUAUUUAGUCACCAAUGGCAAACAUGGUAAAAAAAUCAACAACGUCUGGAAUGGCAUGGUCGGAGAGGUUGUCUAUAAGAAGGCUGUCAUGGCCGUAGGAUCACUGACCAUAAACGAGGAGAGGUCAGAGGUCAUUGACUUCUCUGUCCCGUUUGUGGAAACGGGUAUCAGCGUGAUGGUGUCCCGUAGUAACGGAACAGUUUCACCCUCUGCGUUUCUGGAACCCUUCAGCGCUUCAGUCUGGGUGAUGAUGUUCGUGAUGCUGCUGAUCGUCACUGCUAUUGCUGUCUUCCUUUUUGAGUUCAUUAGUCCUCUGGGUUUCAACAGAAACCUUGCGCAGGGAAAAGACCCUCACGGUCCCUCAUUCACCAUUGGCAAGGCGAUAUGGCUGCUAUGGGGUUUGGUUUUUAAUAACUCUGUACCGGUACAGAACCCCAGGGGCACGACCAGUAAGUUUAUCGUGUCUGUCUGGGCCUUUUUCGCUGUCAUCUUCCUGGCCAGCUACACAGCCAACCUCGCCGCAUUUAUGAUUCAGGAGGAGUUUGUCGACCAGGUCACAGGCCUCAGCGAUAGAAAGUUUCAGAGUCCGUAUUCCUUUUCACCACCCUUCCGAUUUGGGACAGUUCCUAAUGGCAGCACUGAGAGAAAUAUUAGGAAAAACUACCCAGACAUGCAUCAGUAUAUGGUCAAAUACCAUCAGUCUGGAGUCCAAGAUGCACUUGUAAGCCUCAAGACUGGGAAGCUGGAUGCAUUCAUUUAUGAUGCCGCUGUCCUUAACUACAUGGCGGGUCGAGAUGACGGCUGUAAGCUGGUCACCAUCGGCAGUGGCUACAUCUUUGCCACCACAGGAUAUGGUAUUGCCUUGCAAAAAGGCUCUUACUGGAAGCGUCUGGUUGAUCUGGCGAUCCUUGGGAUCAUAGGAGAUGGUGAGAUGGAGGAGCUGGAGGCCCAGUGGCUGACUGGUAUCUGUCAUAAUGAGAAGAACGAGGUGAUGAGCAGUCAGUUAGAUGUGGAUAACAUGGCGGGCGUGUUCUACAUGCUUGCGGCUGCCAUGGCCCUGUCUCUCAUUACAUUUGUCUGGGAGCAUCUCUUCUACUGGAGGCUACGCUACUGUUUCACAGGCCUCUGCUCUGGCCGACCGGGACUCCUCUUCACCAUCAGCAGGGGCAUUUGGAGUUGUAUUCAUGGUGUUCACAUUGAGCUAAAGAAGAAACCAGAGCUGGAUUUCAGCCCCCAGGCUAAUAUGCUACACCUUCUUAAAUCUGCUAAGGAGAUCACUACCAUUGGUGGAACGAAACUUGCCUCCCCUAAACGUCCGGGAGCAAACCUCCUCCCUCAUACCUCAGGUUUGUUGGAGCUAAUGGGUGGAAGCAAGGGUAACAGUCUCACCCAGAAAGAUACAGUCUACACCAAUGCCAGCACAGUGCUCAGCAACCGUCACAAAGAACCACUUAACAAUGCUUUGAUGCCCGGGCAGCGUGCCCUCAGUUUGACCGAUGGCACAGGCGAUAGCACUGGCACCAUAGGGGGUGGUGACGGAGGUCGUCCUGUUUCCAAACCGCGUGCUCUCUGGAAGAAGUCAGUUGAAACACUACGACAGAGCCAAGGACCCACCAGCGAUUCCCCACCUUCUGUGGCCCCACCUGUUGAGCCUCGAGCGACGAUGAAGAGCCAGCGUUACCUUCCAGAGGAUCCGCCCCGUUCAGACAUAUCUGACUGCUCAACUCGAGGAGCAGAUGGGCAAAGGCAGCACAAAGCAAAGGAGACAUUGCGUAAGCGGAAUCGCCUGCCGCGGGAUCUGAGUGAUGUGGAGCUGUCAACGCUAAGGAGCCAGGCUAGCCAGCAAAGCAAUCACAGUGGCCAAAUAUACUCACAGAGCAGCCAAGGCAGUCAGAUCUACACCAUCGACUCCAUUGAUCAAGACCAUGGACUACACUACCCAGACAUAUUCAGCGAUCACCGUGACAACAAGCAUCGCUCGCCCACUGCCAACCAACAGCCUAUCCUACAGCUAAACAGCAAUUUGCUCACGCAAGCUCAUGAACCUGAUGUUAUGCAGACGGCAUCGGCAAAGGAUAAGAAGUACAACACAUAUGCCAAGUCUGGUGGGCCCAGUGGGAGCACUUGUGGGACUACUUCUGGGCAGGAUCACCGCCAGACACACUGCCGUAGCUGUCUGUCCAAAGUGUCCAGUUACUCUGGACUUUACACGGUGCGAUCUCCACAGUAUCGCUGCGACGCCUGUUUGCACAACGCUAACCUUUACGACAUUAGCGAAGACCAGUUUUUACAUCCAGACAGCAGUGGUGGUAGUGGAGGGGGUUUCAGUGGAUACUUGCCCCAGCCAGACUCACCUUUCACAGCAUACCUACCGCAGAAUGAUCCUUCUCACGGCCAGGAGGGCAACGGCCUCAUCAGCCACUACCAGAACGAAAGCAUGAUCAUACACCGCCAGCACUCCUAUGAGAACCUGCCCCAGAAGAGCUCCUCACGUCGGGUCAGCCUUCAGGACACUGGGCCUUACGCAAACCUGCCAACUUCCACGCUUAUCCCGAACAAGCCCCCAAAGAGCCAGUCUGCGCACCUGAACCAUACGCUGGCAGGUGUUGGUGUGAGUGGGCUUGGGGUCGGUCGACGCAGCAAGUCGUUGUAUCCCGCUCGCCCAACAGAGAACCCUUUCCUGCAGACGAUCCGCGAUGACCAGCGACUGGCACAUGGCCGCAGUUCCACGGACAUUUACAAACAAUUAGUGCCACUCACAUUAGGCCAGGGUACAGAUGGCAAUGGGCUUGGGGUGGCCACCUCUGACCUCUUCUACUCAGAGCAUGUGAUGCCUUAUGUAGCCCCGCCUCCUGUUGGCACAUACCCCGCCCCCAGGGCAAUGAGUGCUGGUGGUGCUCGACGCGUCUACAAGAGGAUGCCAAGCAUUGAAUCGGAUGUCUGA